AUGGAUUUGAAUCCUCCGAGCUCGGAGCCUCUGGAUGAGCCACGGGCUCCAGUCAAGGACAUGUCUUCCAGCCCCAAGACUACCCUCCUCCCCCUCCUUCUGUUGAUGGAUGGUGCGGACACGCUGGUGUACAUCGAUCCGGCUCCCACGACCUCUGGCGGCUCCAACUACCUUGGCCUGGGGAGAAUCAUUCCUCAUCGGGUCCACAGUGAGAAGUUGCUGGCGACGGGCUCGGCCUCCUUCCAGCGGCUCUUCCUGCCGCGAUACCAGACCCGGGUGCAAAAGCAGCAUGCGAUCAUCUUCUUGACCGAAGUGUCGUGUCCACUGCCCAUUCGCACAUGGGCGCUGCAGCAAAGCAAGUGGGAACUGCCGGAGUCAUGUGUUGGAGGAGAGGACGAGUUGGAGGAAAUGGAAAGCACGUCGAUCUCCCCCGCGUCGUUCAUUCUCCCGGACAACGAGGGUGGUCCCGAGGAUGAAGCGCCUGAGGGUCAAGGAGAGAAAUUUCACCAAGUCAAGUGGUCCGGCUUGCCGGUGGAAUACUCCGCGUCUCGUCAUCGCGAAGGCAUCGAGCACAUUCUUCAUGUCCUGGAGGGGCUCAAUCCCAAACUCGACACCCCGUGCAAGCUGUGGACAUUCUUUGCGGUCGCAAAGAUCCUCGAUGUGGCUACGGUUCCAGCUGUCAGCGACCAUAUCCUUUCGUGGUUCUAUGAGUCACACAACGCGCGGUUUAUCGAAAUCCAUCCCGAAGUGGCCUAUCGGGUGGCCUGUGGGAUCAAAGCCAGCGCCUUAUGUCGGGACGCCUUCGUGGGACUGGUUGGAGAUGAAGCUCUUCUCUAUCUUAUCCGUACUGCGAAUCUCACCACAGUCAUUCCACGGGCAGAAGCCACUUGGAGUCGGAUCCAGGACUUUCUGGAUGAUACCGAAGUGCAGCGAAUCGAAUACGCCAGCAAAAGCUUUGCCGACUACGUGGUCAGCCGCUUCUUGAAUUUAGCUGGAGCAGAGAUGGCCUGGCUUGCGCAAAUCCCUGAGUUUGGGAAGCUCACUCAACACCUGCACGAUUACCCUGAGGAUAAUGAUAUGGUGCUCCGGCUGAUCAAUACCCUAAAAGACCGCAUCCGCCAGCGGAUUUAUGCAGCCUUGAAUGAUGUGAGAGACACCUGGCGAACCGAAAAUGCCAUUCAAUCCAGCGGUAACGCGUGCGAUCCGCACUACAGCAAUCUCAAGCCCAUGUUUGAUAAUCGGGAUAUCCUGCAACGGGUCAUCGGAAGGAGGUUCUGGUUUCGAAUGACAACUUCUAACUUAGACGCGAAGAUAUUUACUUUGGUGGACCCCAACCACAAUUCGCUGGCGGAGGUCGGCAGUCCCCUUCUUGCCUUUAGGGGCCAGGAGAAUGCAAAGAUCCGACGUAAUGUCCCAUGUUCAGAAAUCGACCGCCGAGUCCACGAUUUCAACGCCUAUGCCAUCCUGAGAGCAAACUCGAACUCCAACAUGCGCGAUGCGCAUCUUACCAGUGAAAAUCGCCUUUGGAACCUGACCAUCAAUCCCCGCCGGCCGCCACCAACAUCCGAAGUCAACCGUCAGGCCUUGGGCAGUGAGUCUAUGGAAAAUCGCAAUGUUGGUGCAUCUCCUUCAUUCGGUGCUUCACCGCUGGAGACCUUCCCAUCAAACCAGACGACCUCGUCGACUUCCCCUACUCCGUCGAACAUUCCAGAAGUCACAUUUAACCUGACGGCAUUUUACAUCGAUGCGUCCUGGUAUAUCAAUCGCCAAGCAAGGAAGAUGGUGUUCCCGCGUGAACGUCACUCAAUUCACCUGGACAUCACGGAUACUCUCACUGGUCUCACAGAGAAUGAGUACCGCUUCCUGCCUCUGUGGGCCGGUGGCAAUGACGACGGAACCGGGGGCGUCUUUACUGACCACAACAUCCCGGCCAUGGAGACCGAUGGAUUCUCGGCACCAGGUCCCUCCUUUCACACUGGCAGCGCUGCUUCCAACGACGACUCGUUCAGUGACAUUAACCCGAGUGACUCCCAGAGCACCGUGCAGCGCGCAUCCCACCACGCUACCUUGAGUCAUGCCUCCGAUGUUGUGUCCGUGGACUCAAUGGACCUUAAUUCAGAUACCAGCCAUGACCACCCGCAUUAUCAAAACACCUUUGAACACCCACGGGGUACCGAUGUUGUCUCGAUGUCCUCCGGUCUGUCCAUCGAUGAGAAUGAAGAGAUCGACGAGCAAAGCGACAGCGCCAGUACGGCGGUCAUAGACUCGCCGACUGAGCUCACAGAUAUUCUGGAUGAGGUCGACAUGGAAAGCAUGGAUGACGAUUUCGAGGAGCUUUGA